CAGGAUUUCCGGGGUUGGUCUAUAGCUGUGGGAUAGGAUCUGCAUAUUCCCUCCAAGCUCUGUCAUUUCACUGUACCCUGGAGAGUGAGGUGCUGUCCUUUCAUGAUGUGGCUCUGCACUUUUGUCCUGACCUUUCUCACUGCUUGCCUGACUCAGGGGCACCCACCCUCACCACCCAUAGUGGACACGGUUCAUGGCAAAGUCCUGGGGAAGUAUGUGAGCUUAGAAGGAUUCACACAGCCUGUGGCCAUCUUCCUUGGAGUCCCCUUUGCCAAGCCUCCUCUUGGAUCUCUGAGGUUUGCUCCACCACAGUCUGCAGAGCCCUGGAGCUUCGUGAAGAAUGCCACCUCCUAUCCUCCUAUGUGCUCCCAAGACCCAGCAGCAGGGCAGAUGCUCUCAGCACUCUUCACCAACAGAAAGGAGACCAUUCCUCUCACGUUUUCUGAAGACUGUCUCUACCUGAAUAUUUACACUCCUGCCGACUUGACAAAGAGCAGCAGGCUGCCGGUGAUGGUGUGGAUCCAUGGAGGUGGACUGGUGGAUGGGGCAUCCACAUAUGAUGGAUUGCCCCUCUCAGCUCAUGAAAACGUGGUUGUAGUGACCAUUCAGUAUCGCCUGGGCAUCUGGGGCUUCUUCAGCACACAGGAUGAACACAGCCGGGGAAACUGGGGUCAUUUGGACCAGGUGGCUGCACUGCACUGGGUUCAAGACAACAUUGCCAAUUUUGGAGGGGACCCAGGCUCUGUGACCAUCUUUGGAGAGUCAGCAGGAGGUGCAAGUGUCUCUGUUCUUGUGUUAUCUCCCCUGGCCAAGAACCUCUUCCACAGGGCCAUUUCCCAGAGCAGUGUGAUCCUUAAUCCUUGCCUGUUUGGAAGAGAUGCCAGACCCAUAGCUGAGAGAGUGGCUGCUCUUGCUGGCUGUAAAACCACCACCUCAGCUGCCAUGGUUCACUGCCUGCGCCAGAAGACAGAGGACGAACUCUUGGAAAUCACAAAGAAAAUGAAGUUUGGUGCUCUUGAUUUUCUUGGAGACCCCAGAGAGAGCUACCCUUUCCUGCCCACUGUGAUUGAUGGAGUGGUGCUGCCAAAGACACCAGAAGAGAUCCUGGCUGAGAAGAGCUUCAACACUGUCCCCUACAUGGUGGGCAUCAACAAGCAAGAGUUUGGCUGGAGCAUGCCAAUGAUGAUAGGCUUUCCACUUUCUGAAGACAAACUGGACCAGAAAAGGACCACUUCCCUUCUUUGGCAGUCUUACCCGAUCCUUAACAUCUCUGAGAGUCUGAUUCCAGCAGCCAUUGAGAAGUAUUUAUCAGGGACAGACAACCCCAUCAGAAAGAAAGACCUUCUCCUGGACUUAAUGGGAGAUGUAAUGUUUGGUGUACCAUCUGUGAUUGUGUCUCGUGGCCACAGAGAUGCUGGAGCCCCCACCUAUAUGUAUGAGUUUCAAUAUCUCCCAAGCUUUGUAUCAGACAUGAGACCCAAGACUGUGAAAGGAGACCAUGGCGAUGAUCUCUUCUCUGUAUGGGGAGCCCCAUUUUUAAAAGAGGGUGCUUCAGAAGAGGAGAUCAAUCUCAGCAAGAUGGUGAUGAAAUUCUGGGGCAACUUUGCUCGGAAUGGGAAUCCCAAUGGGGAAGGGCUGCCCCAUUGGCCAGAGUAUGACCAGAAGGAAGGCUAUCUGCAGAUUGGAGUCCCAACACAGGCAGCCCAUAGGCUGAAAGACAAGGAAGUGGCCUUUUGGACUGAGCUCAGAGCCAAGGAACCUGCAGAGAGACCAACCCAGAGGAAACACGUUGAGCUUUGAUCAGGAGGCACAGCCAUGAUUGAGAGCCUGGAUCCAAGAAAAGGGAUAUACCACAGAAGUUGUUGCCAAAGUAAAGCAUCUUAUUGUUGAGGACAUAUAAUCAUGUGGCAUGCCAUACAAUAAGGAAAGACAUGGAAUUGUGUAGCACACUAUACAAACACAAUAAGGAGAAAUGUUUGAGUUUAUGCUCUCAAUUUUUUUGUUUUUGUUUGUUUGUUUGUUUGUUUUGAGACAGGGUUACUCUGUAGCUUUGGUGCUGUCCUGUAACUCACUCUGUAGACCAGGCUGGCCUCAAACUCACCGAGAUCUGCCUGUCUCUGCUGGGAUUAAAGGCAUUUGUCACUGCUCUCACAUUUUAACAACACAAAACCAUUCCCCCAGGAAAUCAAACCAGAGUGUGUAUCUUUGUUUCAAGAUGAAUCUAUGGGCAUUAGAAAGGGACAUAAGGAGAGAGAUCCAGCAUCAUGAGAUGUCACCUCCCCAGGGGAUGAAUGGAUAAUUGACUGUCCUGCUGCCUAAAGCAAAGGAUCAUGCUGUGGAAGAGAUGAGAUUUUUGUUGUGCCACUUUUUUCCUGGAUACACACAAACAAGGUCCACUCAUCCCAGAGAGCGCAGGAAUGAAUGACAGCAGAGAAAUGAUUCUACCCAAGUGAUCACUUGCAAAAUUAAGAACAAUUUACACAACUGUAAGAGACAGUGGGAAUAAAAUAUACACUACCACUACAAAAUGCUAGAUUUGGGGCACAUAGAGUAGGAAUGCAGAUAAAAAAGACUGAAAGACAAUGGGGCAAACAUUAGGUCCUUUAUAUUCAUGACCUACACCUAUGGCAUAUCAUGUUCAUAUGAGAGCACCAGAAGGCUAGAAUGUACUCUAUAGGCCUGCCAGGUAUGGUGAAUAUGGCCUUUCUGAACUGGCCCUGCUCACUGUCUGUAGCUGUCCUCUGUUAUUGGUUCCACAUCCUUUCUUUCCUGACCUCCUAGGGUCUCCUUAGCAACUCAGGUUUCACCCUCAUAACUUCAUUCAUGGCCUUCGUAUAGGCUGCUGAUGGCCAUUUGGACCGUGGCAUACAUUGUCUGUUUUUCCUUUGAAAUCCAUGUCAAGGCUUCCAUGAACAAGCAGUUUGCAUUAUGUGCCUGCAGAAACACCAUCAUGGAUGAUGGCAAAGUCUGUCCCCAAAUGGUGGGGUACACAGGCUCUUAGAAUACAGUUGUAGGAGACCCUUAGGACCUAGAUAGAUGUCAGAAUGUAGGAAGAAUCUCCCAUGGCUUGUGUGAUAGGACACCAUGGAUAAUUCUCUUCUCAAAGUAAAUGUUUUUGUUCUUGAGAGCAAUGGGUAGGAACUAAAUAAUUUCCAUGAUGCUCUCAAGGUAUUUUUCUUUUUCAGAUGAAAAUUUGUGGCCUAUUUUUAAGAUUUUAAUAUGGACAUGUACCACAAUUUCCUUGUCUCCAACAUCAAAUGAGUUUUUGCCAGCAAACUGCACAUCUUAUUGCAUAUUGAUGCUAAGUUUCACUGUAAGCCUAGCGACCAGCAUCUACUAAUAACCAGCCAGGCCUGAAUGCUGUUCUGUUGAAAGUUUCCAUCACCAGCUUUAUCAAAUCCCUUUAAAUUCAGUCACAAGCAAAGUCUCAUACUGUGAACACUUCCUUGCCAAUAAGCAAUACAUAGAGUAAUUAAUUAAAAAGUAACCUCUCCUA